AAAACCCAGCAGUGUUGAACCUAAAUUUAUCUUCUCCAAAAGAUAUGCACAUGAAGCCUUUGCCUAUUGAAACUGUGUUCACGCUUCCUUCUCCAAUACCCACUUGGCCACCAGGUGAAGGUUUUGCUAGUGGAACCAUUGAUCUAGGAGGAUUACAAGUCUGUCAAGUUUCAUCUUUCACCGAGGUAUGGCCUACUCGAGCCGGUGGACUGGGAAAUUCAGGAGCAACAUUCUUUGAACCAUCUGAAACACCUCAAGGGUUCUUCAUGCUUGGUUUCUAUGCCCAGCCCAACAACAAACCGCUGCGCGGUUGGGUUCUAGCUGGAAAAGACGUCUCCAAUGACUCCUCUGGUGGGGCCCUAAAGAGGCCUAUUGACUAUACCCUUGUUUGGAAUAGUGAGUCCUUGAAAAUUAAGUAAGAUGGCAAAGGCCAUUUUUGGCUGCCAAUGCCACCUGAUGGUUAUGAACCCAUCGGCCUCAUUGUAACGAAUUUGCCCGUGAAGCCUUCCCUUGACAAAAUUAGGGUUGUCUGGUCCGAUUUCACAGAGACAUGCCAGAACAAUUCCUGGAUUUGGGGACCAAAAAGGAAGAACAAUCCAAGGGGGUUUGGAAUUUAUAGUGUUAGACCAGUUAAUAGAGGGACCAAGGCUUUAGGGGUGUCAACAGGUACGUUUAUGGUCCAAAAUAGUGGUAAUGAGGAGGCUGAUUCAAUAUCACUGGCUUGUUUGAAGAAUGCCAAGUCUUGUUUUCUAUCUUGUAUGCCUAAUUUAAACCAAAUUAAGGCAUUGGUUCAAGCUUACUCUCCAUAUAUCUACUUUCAUCCUAGUGAAAAAUACCUCCCCUC